AUGAAAGAGGCCCGUGUCAAAGAGCUUGUUCAGAACGCUGAAGAUGCCGGCGCAGAUACUGUCAAAUUCCUGUAUGAUGUAAGGCAGUUUGGGACCGAGACGCUGUACCUAGAUUCCCUAGCACCUUACCAAGGUCCAUCCCUCUACUCCUUCAACAACGCCAAGUUCAAGAAAGCCGACUGGGAUGGGAUUCAGACACCUGCCCGCAGCAACAAGAAGACGGAUCGCUUGAAGGUUGGACGUUUCGGCAUUGGAUUCAACUCCGUGUACCACAUAACAGAUUUACCGAGCAUCAUGAGCGACCAAAAGCUGGCAUUCAUUGAUCCAUUAGAGGAACAUUUUUUUGACAAGCGUGGUCGAGUCAAAACUGGAUGGCAAUUUGGUCUCAGAUCCGACAGCGACAUAUUCUCGAAGAACGAAGACCAGUUUCAACCCUACCACAACAUAUUUCCCGGAGUGACAGGAGGGAUUUCUGCAGGAUAUUUCGACGGCACGUUGUUCAGAUUUCCUCUGCGGCAUGCCGCAAAUAGUUUAAGUGACAAAAUUUACAGCGAUGAAGGCACAUUAAGCGAGCUCCUCCUGGCUUUUCGAGCUGAUGCUGAUGUUGCUAUGCUGUUUUUGCGCUCUUUGAAUAACAUCGAGGUGCUGGAGAGGCCAUCCGAUCUGCAAGAGCCAUCACUAGUUGUACGAGUUCGAAGGGAACACGAUCCAGAAACACAUCCACCGGGAAAGGAAUUUUCUUCACGUCUAGAAACUUACUGCUCUGAUGUCAGUGGGCGCAGAGGGCCAAUCAAGUUGAUUGAUUGUGUGACAUUCACUACCGAAACACCGGAGGCAUCCAAGGCACAACACUGGGUUGUUAGUCAUCAUAUCGCAGGGGAUAGCAUGUCUCGAGAGCUUUCCGAUUUGGCCGAGAAGCAAAGUUAUCUCCCGUGGGCAGCUGUUGCUAUUCCCGUAAGUUCUUCAGAGCCAAGAAGUGUAACAGGUGAAGCAGAGAAUAACAACAUUGGUAGAGUGUUCUGCUUUCUUCCCCUGCCACCUGGUGAGGAGAGUCGGACGGGUUUACCAGUUCAUGUGCAUGGAUUCUUUGCUGUCAAUAGCGAUCGCCGCGGGAUCAAGUGGCCCGGACCUGACCAAACGGACACUCCAGCACAAUGGAACCAACUUCUUGUGAGAGAACUUAUUCCCAUUGUAUAUGUCGACGCGAUCAAAUACGCCAUUAGUAGUCACACCUCCCAGGACAAAGUGACCGCCGAUUGCAUCUAUCGAUCGUGGCCAGAUCAUGAAGAGGUUCGUGGAAACUGGGACAUUCUCUUGGAACCAUUCUACUAUGCUCUCUUCCAGGAAACUAUCAUACAUAGCGACAACAAUGGGUGGAUGAACAUCGCCGACGUCCACUUCAACGAAUUGAAUGUGGAUGAAGAUAUGGAAAAGGCCAUCCUCAAGUGUUUCAACAUCAAAGGCAUUGCAUACACAAGGGUUCCCAAUGUGUGCAGACAGGCCAUCAAGAAGUUCUAUAAAGAUCAGAUAUCCACUGUUUCUGCUUCCAGCCUUUGCCGUUGCCUUCGUGAAGAUCCUGCGAUUUUGACCAAGCUCAAUGCUGAUGAGAAGCUUCUGAUCCUUGAGUUCAUCUUGCGAGAGGACGCCAGACAGGAUCUGGAAGGAUUAUGUCUUCUUCCUCUCGAUGACGGAAGCGUCCACUUCUUCUCGAGUUCUGAUGAAAAGAAAGUGUACAUACCAACCACCAAGUUCCACCGACAGCUUGUACCAGGAGGAAAUCAUCGAUUCAUCAGAACGGUACCAGAGGACAAGCCGCUUCAUCAACUCCUGUCCAAUAUGGAUGGGCGUUAUCAGCUAAAAGCAUUAACCCUUGAUGCAGUAGCUGAGCUCUUGAAGACCAGUAUGAAAACUCGGAUAGACGAUCAAGGGACCUGGGUACAAGACACAGACGGGCCUUCUCUAAAUACAUGGCUUGAAAAGGUCUGGUCAAUGCUGUACAGAGAGAGUUCAAGUAAGUUACUUCUCUUUGAAGGUAUCCAUCUUGUACCGUUGUUUGAGGCCGAUGGUGAGGGAAGAAGAUUACUACCACUGUGCCCAAAGUCGGGAAUUAUCCAGAGAAGUCACCAAAGUCUCACAUUGACAAAUGAUCUGGCAAACAUUCUACAACAGAUUGGAGUGACAGUCACAAACUGUCCUGAUUAUGUUCUCCGCCAUCCAGCUAUCAUGCGUGACGAAUAUAUCAAGAUGCCAACAUCAGAAGGGAUAGUUAAAUGCCUUCUGCUUUCAGAUGUUGAACUACUGGUCCAAAUAUUCCAUUCCUUCUCCCCCAUUGAUAGAGAUGUUCUCGUAGAAUAUCUUGCACAGGCAAAACUCUCCCAUGAUGGUAAGAAACUUCUAAGUUGCCUACCACUAUUUGAAAGAGUCGAUGGAACCGGAAAUUCAAACAAACCUUUGGUCAGUAUUGAACAAUGCGAAGGGUACAUCGAAUGUUGCCAAGACGAUAUUCCUGCUCCAUUGAAGCUCAAGGGGCUCUUGAUCAAUGGAAGAAUAAAAUCUAAAUGUCUGCUACAGAAGUUAGAAGUCUGUCUAUUAUCAAAAUAUCAGGUGAUAAUGAAUGUCUUGGAAGAAGUUCAUGAAAGGCAGUUGUACUCCAAGCAAGAAAAACAGCUCGUCUUGCAGUGGAUAAUGGAGCACUGGGAAGAUAUCAAAGUCAACUGCAAGUCCAGCGUAGACAUUCUGCGUCAUAUGAAAUUCAUCCCCAACAAGGCUAAUUCUUUAUUGUCUCCCUGCGAACUCCUUGAUCCAAGGGAUCCAUUGCUUGACGAACUGUUUGCCUCUCAAGGAGUAUUUCCAGGCGCACCAUUUGAUUCACCGCAGGUUAUAGAAGCUUUCCAACAGCUUGGCAUGCGUGGACCACGUGAAGUUACUUCAUCCGAGUUGAUUACAUGUGUUGAGAUGGUUGCUGAAUCUCAAAGCCCAGAAAAGGCUCGAACGCUACUAGAGCUCCUCACAAGUAACCAAAGCCUUCUCGAAAAAUCUGUCAUUGAUCAUAUGAAACAGAAGCAAUGCAUUCCUUGCAGACAGUCUCCUCCAGAGUAUUACCCCUUAGCUAUUGAGUGGUAUGGUAAACGUUCUACGAGACUGUUAACUCCCCACGAAAUUCUGAGGGAAAAGAAGCUAGCUGUACUGACAUGUGGAGCCUCAAAAUGCUUUACUUCCCAGGAGGACGAGAGUCGUUUCUCUACAGUCUACACAAAGAUUGGAAUGAAUAUCCCAUCUCCAAUAAUUUCGGAUGUCAUGACACAGUUCGAAGACUGUGUCAGGUAUGCAGAAGACAGAACUGGGGAAGAUGUUACUGAUAUAGUACCAAUGCUUAAGGAGAUCUAUUCAUGUCUAAUGGAAGCGUGGCGCCAGGACAAGAACACCAAGAACCUCAUCCUCAAUCGAGCUAAAGUUUGUAUCUGGAAUGGAAGUGGCUUUUCAGAACCAAGCAAAAUGUGUGCGGUAAAACUUCCAUUUCAUCUAGCUCCUUACAUGGCAUCUAUUCCGCAAUCUACUAUUGCAUUUGCAGACUUGUUUGAAGCGCUCGGAGUUGAAAAAAACAUGGCGGCAAAUUCCAAUGCUCUGGUUGACAUACUGCAUGAGAUCAAGAAGAGAUGUGACGAUUCAAAAACUGAUGUAGCCUUCCAACAAGGACAGCGCCAACUUGUACUGCAGAUCCUGCACCAUCUACACGCCGGAGAGCUCCCAGAAGAAGCUCGGGCACGCUUACUCGUUCCAUCGCAAAAAGGAGAAUGUCAUCUUAUUCCAGUUGAUGAGAGCGCAUACGUGGACAGAGAGUGGUUGAGACAAAGCACUGACAAUGAGGAGAUGGAUGACGGAGAAGAUUUUACUUUGAUUCAUUUAGAUAUCUCAAUGGACCUUGCAAUAUUCCUCCAAGUACGACCUGUCAGUCGACUUCUUCUAGAUACAGAAGAAUCGCAGGGUUUUACACCAGCUGGGCAGCAUGAACCCUUAACUAUGCGCUUGUGGAAUAUUCUCAAGAACAACUAUGUGGACACCGCCAUCAUUAGUGAAAUGAUACAGAAUGCGGAAGAUGCAGGAGCUCAGGAAGUUCGCUUUCUCAUUGAUAUGAGAAAAAACGAAAAUGCAAAUCUGAAAUUAUUCGAUCCUGAAAUGAGGUCUUGUCAGGGACCAGCCCUUUGGGUAUACAACGAUGCCGUAUUCACAGACCAAGACUUUGAAAACAUUCUCCGUCUUGGAGGGCGUACCAAAGAAAAGGACGCUGAAAAGAUUGGGAAGUUUGGGACCGGUUUCAACUCGGUGUACCUCCUAACUGAUGUUCCAAGUUUGGUUAGUAGGAACUACAUGCAGUGUUUCGACCCUCAUACCACACACCUUGGAAACGUUCUCCGGGACAAGAGUCAACCUGGUGUACGUCUCAGAUUGAAUAGCACCAAAGCACUCCGGAGAUUCCCAGAUCAGUUCAAGCCAUUCAAGGGAGUGUUUGGGCUCGAUUUCAGUAGAGGAAAUGAGCCAUUCAACUACAACGGAACACUCUUUAGACUGCCCCUCCGUUCUAAAGAAGCUGCACAGAAAAGCCAAAUAUGCAAGGAGAGCUACGAUGGGGAGAAACUGAUCAACCUGAUGCAGAAAAUGUGGGAAUCAUCACAAAACCUCCUGGUGUUCACCAAACAGGUGAAGAAGGUUUCCCUAUUCUACCUUUCUGAGAAUUCUAGCGAUCCUACCAGGGCUGAGGAGUUACUCACCAUACAGAAGACCAUGCAUUAUCCUAGGGUGAAGGAUGACGGCACCGUCGUGUCAACUGAAUCAUUCCGCUGCCAACUGACCUCAAGGGGAGCAGAAUUAUUGCCACACAUCAAUGAAAUAGGCAAUCAGGAGCAUACGAGUUCUUUCAACACCUUUAAAGUUGUAUGCAAGACUUCGAAACAAGCAUCAGUUGUUGCACAGUCUCAGGAAGGAAAGUCACAUGGGCUAUCUCCAGAGGCUGCCGUAGCUAUCCCAUUGAAUGUAAGAGAUUUGCAGAAAAUCGAGGGGGAGAUCUACUGCGGUCUACCUUUGUCAGUUCCAAGCCUGCUUCCAUUUCACAUUGAUGGUAGGUUCGCCAUUAACGAAGAUCGAAGAAGUCUACAAUCACCGACAACACAUGGGGUGACUGUCUUUGAAAGAUGGAAUCAUAUAUUGCUCUCUGACGUGAUUUGCCGAGCAUAUGUCUCUCUUCUAUCAGACAAAGAGUUCAUUCAACAAAUCAAGAAUACAUACGGGACAGAUGUGUCACCGGAGUUGUUCUGGCCUGAUGUUGAUAAAGUACCUGAGAAUUCAGUGUGUUCAGGGCUUUUUAAUGCUUUCUACAAAACGAUAAUUUGCGGAUUGGAUGGCAAACAACCAGCAGUCUUCUGGACAAAUGACGAACCUCGUCAGUUUCACAAUGUAGUAUUUCUCGGCGAGGAACUGCAAACGAUGAAAGGAAUCAAGGACGACUUUGUACAGAUUUUGACAACGUACCUGAAGGAGUACUGUCACAGUGGCCGUAUGGUGGAAGUGAUAGAGCUAUCAAAGAAGACGUGGCAAGCACUCGAGAGGGCAGGAGUACGUGAUAUGGUAGAGACGAGAACAUACAAUCUGAACAGGUUGUUUGAUGAAGCGUUCCUGCCAUAUUUAGAUAAAGUGCCACAGGAUCUGAGAGACCGCCUCAUUCUCUUUGCGCUUGAAAUGGACGGUAACCUGCAUCAGAAACUUCGAGAUGUGAAAUGCAUCACCGUCUCAGGAGGAGCCGAACUAAAGACACCCUGCGCCCUCAUGCAUCAUGAUGACCCUACACUCCGUGAAUUGUUUGAGCUUCAGGGAGUAUUUCCAGGUGCACCAUUUGAUUCAGCUCAUCUGAUGCCGGUAUUCAACCGCCUUGGUAUGCGAGGACCGAAUGAAGUUACUCCAGUUGAGAUGGUAGAAUGUGUUGAUCUAGUUGAGAAAACACAGUGCCCCAAGAAGGCCAGAGCUUUAUUCGAUCUCCUCGGGAAGAACCCUGGUCAUUUUGACCGUUCACUGGCCGACGGCAGCACUGUAAGAGAUUUCAUGAUGAACAAACGAUGUAUCCCUUGUAAACAGUCUCCGCCAGAAUAUUACCCCCCAGAUUUCGAAUGGCGUGGGAACACUCCAUCCUGUCUCACAACUCCCCAAGAGAUUUUGAUAGAAACGAAACAAGCAGUGCUAAUGUCUGGAGCUUCCAAGUCUUUUAUUUCUCAACAAGAUGUUCUGUUUUCCACAGCAUUCACUCUGCUUGGAAUAACAUGCCACACUCCAGUAAUCUCGGACGUCAUAGCACAAAUAGAACAUUGUGUGAAGUAUGCCACAUACAGAACAGAACAAGAUGUAACAGACAUAAUACCGAUGCUCAAGGAGAUCUAUGCAUUUCUGAGGAAAGAAUGGCAACGUGAUUCCAACGUCAGAAACUAUAUAUUGGAUCGAGUAAAGUGUUGUGUGUGGAAUGGCAACGGCUUUUCAGAACCAAGCAAAAUGUGUACAGGUAAUCUCCCGUUCGAUCUAGCUCCUUACAUGGCAUCUAUUCCCCAGGCUACUUGUGCGUUUAAAGAUUUGUUUGAGGCGCUUGGGGUCAAAAGGAACAUCGACACUAAUUCGGAAGCUCUGGUUGAAAUACAACAUGAAAUCAAGAGCAAAUGUGACGUCCUAGGAGCAAAUGUAACCUUCCAACAAAGACAGCGCCAACUUGUACUGCAGAUCCUUCACCAUCUUCAUGCCACAGGAGAGCUUUCAAAAGAAGCUCGGGUACGCUUACUUGUUCCAUCGCAAAGAGGAGAAUGUCAUCUCAUUCCAGUUGAUGAGAGCGCAUACGUGGACAGAGAGUGGUUGAGACAAAGCACCGACAAUGAGGAGAUGGAUGACGAUGACGACUUUACUUUGAUUCAUUCAGAUAUCUCAAUGAAACUUGCAAUAUUCCUCCACGUACGACCGUCAGUCGACUUCUCCUAG